GUGUUUCAGACUACCAUAAAAAUAAAUUAUAAACUACCAUCACACAGAGAGAGAAAGGAGAUUCCUCUCUGAGAUAAUAAACAUGGCUUCUUUCUACAUCAAAUCCAUGGUUUUUCUUAUAUAUCACUCACCAGAUCAACCCUCAAAGAGAUUCAUCAUUCUAUCAGCAGAAGAUUCAGAACCAGUUUUGGAGUUCCUACACUUGAAUGUUGAAGUCGCCAAUUUCAUUGUCAACCAUAUAUAACUCUUUCUCUGAGGGUAGAAUAACAGCACAUUGAGAAUGAAGAAGAAGAAGAAUCAUGGCGAGAAGAAGAACGAUGGUGUGGAGAAGAAGCCACGUGGAAGGUUCGUGAAGGAGGAGGAGGAAGAGGAAGGUGGUGGGGAAAUGAUCAGGUGUUCGGGUAAGCAUUGUGGGUCAAGCUGCGGCGGAUAUAUAGCUGAUUGUGUUGCAGUGUGUUGCUGUCCCUGUGCUGUGCUGCAUUGCUGUGUUCUUGCUCUUGUCAAAGGGCCUUUUCUUGUGGGGAGAAAGUGUUUGAGGUUGGGAAAGAAGAAGGGCAAGAAGAAGAACAAGAACAAGAAAAAGGGACAUGAAUACGAUGAUGAUGAUGAUGAAGAAAAAGUGAAGGAGAAUGUUUCUGGUUCUGAUGUUGUUUUGGAAAUGGAUAGUGUCACUGUCAAUGCUGGUUUUGAUGCAGAGAAAGUUUGGAGGGAGCUUUAUCAGAUUGGCCAUUUGGAUUUUGGGAGGGUUUCUUCCUCACAUGAUGAUUAGUAUUCAUUACCAUUCACUCAAUCAUGGAAAAGAUUGCUCUUGUUCGUCAUCUGGUAAAUUUGAUCAGUUUUAGGAUUCAACAAAAUUUUCAUCUUUAUAUAUAUAUAUAUCUAUAUCUAUAUAUAUAGAUAGAUAUAGAUCAAAGUUUUCUUUUUAGUUCUUUUUUUCCACAAAAAGUGUAUCUCUUUGUAGUUCAUCAUUUAUGAAAUAAGGAUUGCAUGCUGUGUUAAUGUGAUGAAGGAACUGGAAGAGUUGGAAAGAGAUGAUCUUGUUUUGAAGAAGUAAAAGGGUAUUAUUGUGUUAUCUCAUAAGGGUCUAAAAGGUUGUUUUUGCCCUAAUUUUUGGGAGGUUGAAAAAUUUAGUUAUGGUAGAUUUCUCCCACACUGAAUGAAUUAUUAGGGAUUGCGUUGAAGACAGGUGCUUUUAACUUUGAUCCGUGACCUUUGUCUAUACAUUGUUGUCUUGGUUUUGUGCAUGGGAUCUUUAGAGCAAAGGGCGAUGUAACAUUUUGUAAGUAGUACAAUUAGGUCUUUUUGAGACACAUUUUGUUUUGCAGUCUAAUUGAGAUUGUGUUUGGGAUGAGAUCCAAUGAAAUUUGGAGUUAGACCUGUCAAGUCAACUGUUACAGGUUCCAUGUGUUAGGUGUAGUUUAACCUUCUCUAUUCACUCAUUGCAAACU